GCUGCGCAGGGCGGGCGGCUGGCCCCGGCAGGAUCGAGAUGACCACAGCCACCCCUUUGGGGGGUACUACCUUCUUCUCCUUGAACGUGACCACCAGAGAAGAAGACUUUCUGUACAAGAGUUCUGGAGCCAUUGUUGCUGCCAUUGUGGUAGUUGUCAUCAUCAUCUUCACUGUGGUUCUGAUCCUGCUGAAGAUGUACAACAGGAAGAUGAGGACCAGGCGGGAGCUGGAGCCCAAGGGGCCCAAGCCAGCCUCCCCAUCUGUCUUGGGCUCAAACAACAACAGCAGCCAACACCCUCCUACUGUGACCUUCAGUCCUGUUGACGUCCACGUGGAGACUCGAUGACUGCCCCCUACCACCAUGGUGCUAUCUUGGCCACCGUCCAAAGAGCCUUCUCCAUUCAAGACCCAGAAGCACAUUUCUCCUCCGGCAGCUUCACUGAGUUCCUUCCCGUUCCGGUUGGGUCGACAAAGGGCAUCUCACGCAAGUCCAGACGCUCAGGCAGCCCCCCAACCCCGCCCUGCCCCACCCUAGCUGCUCCACUUCCCUGCUGCCACCCUUUCAGAAAGCUGUGGAACAUUCUUUUGUGCUCUGAUGAGGAACGGCUGUGCUGGGAAUCCACUCCAGUGGGUGUAGCUGUCUUCCCCACCGUUGCUAGACAGACAGCCCAAGGGUCUUCUGGUCUAGAGUCGGAGGACCAAGCAUGCUCCCAAGUAUAUCACCAAAGGGUCUGCUCUUGAGGUCUGGUCAUAAUAAGUGCUGUAGCCACAGCUUUGCAGAGCAAAAUAUUCCAUGCCGUUCAUCAGGCACAGGGGAACUAACUUGGGCCAACUAACCAAAAAACUAACUUGUUAAUCUAUAACUUGCUCCAGUACUAGAUGACUGCUAGCUAGCUCAUGACAGCCAGUUAGCCGAAUUCUCCGUCUUUAAGAAAGGUAAUGGGAAAGACAGUUCUUCUCGGAAGUUUCUGCUUAAUCGUAGAGACUCAGAAAAGGAAUUGGAUGACCUUGAGGAAAGAUGGCCUCUAGGCCAAAAGCUUAGUAUAGUGUCUGUGGGCCUGAAUGAACCAAGAGCGGGUCAGAACCUCUCCUCUCCCUUUGGGGCUGGAUUAAGCCUGACUCAGUCUCAUUUCUUGGCUUCCCUCUGUUUGGAUUCUGAGCAAUCCUCUUUCUCUCCGGCCAUACCUUCCCUCCAGCAACCAGUAUUAGAGACUGGUAAGACUACAACCCUGUUUAUGUGACCUGUGUCCAUCCCAGUCACCCUCGAAGCCCCAAAUUUGAAAAGUGUUUCUCUGUACGGAGCUGAUCUCUUUGACUCUUAGCCCAGAGAACAAUCCAUUAAGAGGGAAAAGCAUUUUGAAACUAAGACUUGCCUUCCAAGCCCUACUUCCUGGUCGUAUGGCCUUGAAAGAGUCACAUGAAAUCUCCAUAUUGGGCUGGCUAACCAUAAGACUCACAGACUGACUUUAAUUAGUGAAGGACUUGGUAGAGCCACUCAGGUGGUCCCUGGCACUCAGCAGACACUUAAUAAAGGAGAGCCAGCAUUAUUGUUACAGUAUUUCUUCAACUGUAAGACAUAUUUGUUCACAUGCUAAUGAUUCUGAAAUCAGAAUAUGUCUUUAAAUUGAUGGGUCCAUGAAUGUAGUGUUUUUUUUCUCUCUCCAAAAGCUGUUUUUUUUAUUCAGUUGUGCACCGUACAAUUGAAGGCAUCUUGGAAGCGAGGUAAUAAAUAUUGAAUCCGUUGCAGAAAGUGACACCGUCUGACCUUUCACCUUAAAUUCUAGGGGUCUCUUCCUCUUGGAGUCAGAAAUCUCUUCUGAGGGGAAAUUGAAGGUCAGGAAGGUAUGAAGGCUGACCCAAGGUCACGGAGUCAUGUAAUCCCACUAUAAAAAUGCUCGCUUGGAUGUGUCCGAAAAAAUACUGGCAAAUUCCUCCUCCCCAAACAUUUUUCCUCCCGACUGUGUUUAAAUAUCCACCAAGUACCAGGUACUUGGCAAGAUGUUUUCACAUAAACUAUCCCAUUGGAUUUAUUUUUUCCCAAUAACCCUGGGAGGAAUUAUUUGUUCUGUUUGCAGGUGAGAAUUGCAGACUCCAAGAGAAAGGUACUUGUCCCCAGUCAGACAGGUAGUUAAGUUGCAAAGAUAAGACACAAACCCACAUCUUUGACUCCAAAGUGUCUCUCUCUGUCAAACCACUUUCUUCCCUAACAUCCUGGCUCAAAGAACAUGGAUUCUUUUAUGGGCCAAACAGGAGAAGGACAGGCUUGUCCAUGUGUCUGAGCAGAGGUCAGGAGUCUGGCCUCCAAACUAACACUAGGAGCAAAGCCACUUUGGUAGCCUCCUUUGGGCUCCCAGGAUUGGAGCCAAAGGACCCCUUUCUGAGCCCAUCAAAGCUCUUAGGAUUCCUGUUUCAUAUCCCAUAACCCUUAUACUCAAGGAGCAAGGGAUGGAAUGCCAUCCAACCAGGGAAAGGCAUUUCCUAAAGGACUCAAGCCCCAAAUAGAUACUUUUUCCCAAAAGUGUUCUGCUUUAAAAAAAAAAAUUUUGUUUGUUUGUUUGUUUGUUUGGAAUGCUCCAGCCCUAAAAGCAAACUCUUCUGCUCAUACUGGACUCUUCCUGGAAUUACUAGAGGAAUCAUCCCUUGUUAUAUGUUCUUUUGGUAAAUGAAAGCUUGGAAGUGGAGGAGGGGGAGAGGCUGAGAGGUAAGGGGAGGCCAAGAAAGGGGUUUUAAUAUUUUGCUUUUAACUAAUGAAGAUAACUCAAUAAGCAUCCUUUAAGGGUUCCUAUGUGUAAGUUGAGGUGCUACUAAACACAUUGUUCCGGUCCCCACUCUCAAGGAGUCUGCCACCGGUCUCCUGGGACAGGGAGCUUGCAACACAGUGGAGUGUUUCAUUUCUGUCAGGUGCCUUUCCUAACUGAUGCCACCUUAUUUGGCCGCUGAAUCAAUAAAAGAUAUUAAACAUCUAAAGAAAAAUGUCUAAAAAUAAAGAGACUUAAAUCAAA